AUGAUGAAGAUGCUGGAGCAGCGGCUUCUGCUGCAAUUCUUAUUGCCAUCUUGGGAAGCCAAAAAGAUCGUCGCCCGCGGAGAUUUUGGGAUGAGUGACGAACCGCCUGCGGAGCUCUUUGGCUCCGACAGUCUGCCGGAGACUGAUGACGUCAUCAAGGGUGAUGAAACAAUGCAGUUCUCAACAUCCGAGGAAAGUUCUAAGAUGGUUAAUGCCGAUCUUCAGAAGGUAAUGGACUCAAUAUCGGUGUCAGCGGACGGCGUCGAUGUGGACGACGAGAAACUUUUAUCACAGUUUGUCGUGGGCAACCUGGGCGCCGAUGACCACCAUCACGGACCCACCACCGCUGAGGAGUCCUCCUCUUCCUCACUGGCCGACGAGAGAGCGCUGCUUGAAUCAGUGCUGGCACGCGCCGCCAAUAGUGACCAGGUGGCGACACUUGGUGACCAGGUGGCGACACUCGGUGGCCAGGUGGCGACACUCGGUGGCCAGGGGAGGACACUUGGUAGCCUUGUGGGGGCACUCAGUGGUCACGUGGCGUCGCCGGCUGCCGGCGAUGAGACACCGGAGGAGACGAUGCAGGUGGAGAGGUUGAUGGAGUCUAUACAUAGCGGCAGCAGUAAUGAUGAACCCAAGACACUGCAAGAUGAUGAUGACACAAUAUCAUCUACAACAAUCGCUGUCCCAAUGACAACAACUUACCAAAGUUUGACGUCACUACAGGCGGCGGCCGACAUAUUUGGCGACGACGAAGACGACGAUGAUGACGUCAUCAAAGCAGCCGGGAUGCAGUCAUCAACUGCCGACGACAACGGAAGCCAGCAGACGGUGAUGACGGCACUGGUGGGUGGUGGGGGUGUGAUAACGGCAUCCGGUGGAGGGUAUGUGAUGACGUCAUCGUCAUCGGGUGGAGGCCAGCUGAUGACGUCAUCGGUGGUGAGAGAGGAGGAAGAGCUGACGUCAGUGGAGGAUGUGCUGUCGGCAUUGCAUUCGGAGCUGGAUGAGGAGGAGGAGGUUACGAGAGGAGGAGGAGGUGGGGGAGGAGGAGAGGAGAUCAAGAAGGUGGAGAAGUCCAAGUGGAAAUUGAAAGUGGAACAACAGCGGCAGCAGCAGGCACAAGUCACAAAGCCGGCUAAACCAUCCUCAGACGGCGCCAGCGGUCCGAUGUACAAGUGCUUUGUGAGCGGCUGCAAGUCGACUACUAGCUCUGCAGCGGGGAGCGGCGCAACUAGCGGUGGGAAGUCGGUGACUACUAGCGCUGGAGCUGGCAGUGGCGCAACUAGCGGUGGGAAGUCGGUGACUACUAGUGCUGGAGCGGGGAGCGGCGCAACUAGCGGUGGUGAGAUGCGGUUCUUCAAGCCGCCGCCGAAUCCGUUGAUAUUCAAGCGGUGGGCGCGCAACUUGUGCCAGGGAUCGCAACAGUUGGCAUAUACGGCGCUCAUCUGCGAACUGCAUUUUCGGCCGCAGGAUAUCAGGGAGGUAUUUGUUAACGGCAAAAAGAAUUGGGUAUUGACCGAGGGUGCCCUGCCCAAACCGUCUACAGCGUCGGCACUGGCAGCAGCGGCUGCACAAGCUGGCAACGCCGCUGCUGCGGCGAUGAACUCCAGGCCACCAGGUGGCAAACGACCGGUCGGCCGGCCGAGUGGCCUGUACAGGCAACAGCAGUUCGAGGCCCUCCAAGCCGCACAGGCCAGGGCUAACAAGCUGCAACGGGAGAAACUCAGUCAAGACGCAGUGGUUAAAGACGAGAAGACAAGUACAGCUGAACUGCUGUACACGCUAACUGACAACGUGGAAUCAGCUGAUGUGACGCCCCAAUCAGCUGACAAUGCAGCUGUUGCUGCUUCAGAUGUUCCUCCUUCGGACCAGUCAAAGCCGUUGACAGAAAACCCCCAAGUUCUUCAGGGACCAGAGGAAGACCUCGAGGAGUUGGACGUGUUUGUGUGCGGACUUUGUCAUACGGUGUUCCACUUUGUCGAGCAAUUCCAAGAGCACCGAGCCAGGGUGCAGUGCAGGGGCACCUCUACAUUCAAAGCUAGCUUGUCGGAGUCGAAACCUCACGUGUGGGCGUUCUUACUAUGGAAAAAUGCACAGACUAAAAUUCUAGGUGAGACAGAGAGCUCGUGGAAGCUGUAUCAGCGCUGGUGCAAGAUGACCGAUCAGCUGCGUGAGACGUGGAUUGCGGCGGGCAGAGACCUGCAGGCCAACAGCUGUGUCGUGCAGCAUCUCCAGUCAAUCAAGGUCUGUGUGGUAGUAAUCUAUAUCAGUGUGUUGUUUGUUUUUAUUACUAUACAAUGUUUUUUGUGGUUCCAGGAGUCGAAACCUCACGUGUGGGCGUUCUUACUAUGGAAAAAUGCACAGACUAAAAUUCUAGGUGAGACAGAGAGCUCGUGGAAGCUGUAUCAGCGCUGGUGCAAGAUGACCGAUCAGCUGCGUGAGACGUGGAUUGCGGCGGGCAGAGACCUGCAGGCCAACAGCUGUGUCGUGCAGCAUCUCCAGUCAAUCAAGACAAUGGUCGGUCCAGCUGAUGGAUUGGUGACCACGCAGGAAGAAUUUGUUGUGGAAAAGAUAGUGUCGCGCCGCUAUAACCAGAAAAAGAAGCAGUACGAGUAUUUGUUGAAGUGGGAGGGAUAUCCACCCGAGCAAAACACGUGGGAACCAGCGCAGAACAUGUCGACAUGUCAGCACCUGUUGGCCGAAUUUGAGGCGAAUUUGGCGAAACAGGGGGCCGCAAAGGGGGCUUCGAUCUCCUCAUUCGAGGGCACCCAGGGGGGCACCCUGUCGAGGCCCCUGAAGAAGGGGACACCCGCCGCUGUAAAGCAGGAGAUGGUGGACAUCAAACAGGAGGUCGCCAGUCUACCGGGAACUCCCAGCGGCCGACCUGUACGCAACAGCAAGAAGAAGGCUCUGGACCAGGUGAAGGUGUGGUGCGGCUCGAUGAUUCGCCCGCUUGACAUGGUUGGUGGAGGCGGGGGGGCCCUCAAGCGCAGUCUGUCGGACGACUCUGACUACUCGGACAACAUGGCCGACUAUGACGGCGACUACAAGCGCAUCAAAAUGGAGGACACAGGUGGCGUCAUGGUGCCCAGGCGGGGCGGUGCAAACAGCGUGGUGGGUCGCGCGCGUGCGCAGGUCAACGGUUUGAAGAGAGAGCGAGACGGAGAAGGGUUGGCUGCUGCCUUGGGACUGGAGUCAGACGAAGAGGGAGCGGCCGGCCAGGUCAAGGUCAGGGCAUCCUCUCUCAGUCCCACCAAUCAACAGGUGCUGGUGGCGAGUGCCGAGGGUGUGGUAAAUGUGGAUCCGUCUCAAGUACCCAACCUGACAUCGGGAGUCUACAUCAUGUCCAACAAGUCGGGCAUUGUCAAGUUGGACUCGAUCACACCAAAUUCGGCCAUUUCAUCGCUACAGAGAAAGGGUCUGCUGAAAUCAACGCCCAGCCACAAAUCAGGCGUAAUAAUGUUGAGCAGUCGGAUGGGUCCGGGAGCUGCAGCCGCCACCAAAUCGGGCAUUGUUCGCAGGCCGACUGUGGCUGCAUCGUCACCCACCAAGCAACCGCAAAGCAACAGCAACACGAUGGCAACUACGGCUGCUACUGCGCUGGGUGGCCCUCGUCCCGUGGGGCCUCUCAGGCCUGUGCCCAAGCCUUCGAACAUUAUCAGUGGACAAACAGGAGUGAUGUCUAAACAGGCUCCACUGGCCAGCCGCCUCCACGGUCUCAAGAAGGGGGUUCUCUCCACUCCCUCCCCUCUCAAGCGACCCGGAUCCAUGCUCAAGUCAGGCAUUAAACCCAUUGAGUCCAUCCUCGGCACGGUCGGCCAGCUCAGGUCUAUCAUAAACUCCCUUAGAGAUGCGUCAGGUGAAUCGGGUGGAGCCCUGUUGGUUGACGGUGGGUAUGUGGCGGGCGAACCGAGCUCUGUGACGGUGGAGGCUGGUGACCAGGGUGGAGCCACCCAGGUGCUCACACUUGAUUCAGCCUAUGCCGAUGCCGUCGCACAACUUAUACCCGAACAGGUUGAGAUGAGUUCACUAGAAAUUCCAGCCAACGUGGAACCAGCGACCGAAUCUGUCAGAAAAGUUGCGUCCAGAUCCAGAGCUAAAUCGAAAGCCGCGGCUAAUGCAGCCGCUGAGUCAGCAACUUCUCUGGGCACAAUCACAGCUCCUUCGCGCAAGAUCUAUCAACAACAGCAGCAACAACAGCAACAGAUUGUUGUUGAACAACAGCCCGACGAGAUUGAUGACAACGAGAUGGUCACCAUCACCGGAGACGAUGGACUGCUCUAUCAGGUAUCGCAGGCUGAUCUGAGGAACGCGGGCGGUGGAGCCCUGUUGGUUGACGGUGGGUAUGUGGCGGGCGAAGCGGGCUCUGUGACGGUGGAGGCUGGUGACCAGGGUGGAGCCACCCAGGUGCUCACACUUGAUUCAGCCUAUGCCGAUGCCGUCGCACAACUUAUACCCGAACAGUUCUAUGUGAAGGAAGGCGGCUCAGAGGGGGGUGUGGCCGUGGUGGAGGCUGAUGGGGGCGGGGCAGUGGUGGUUGAUGGCGCUGCAGAGGGGGGCGUGGUAGUUGGAGCGGGAGGCGAGGAGGAGGAAGUGGUGGCUCAGCUGGUCGCAGCAUGUGAGCCGACGCCUGGAGGAAGACGUCGGGUUGUUCUUCUACUGCCAGAUGGAAACCUAAUGAUGACAGAAGUGGAGGAGGAGCAGUAUGCUGCUCUCGGAUUGGACAACAAGUAGAAUGAGAGUAAAGCUCAACUCACACUAAGUGUGAGUUGAGCCUAAAUCAUGAUUAUCAUGUAUGUUUUGUAUUAGAUUAUGGUUUAAACUUCUAAAUGAAAAUCCAAUUUGUCUUUCAAGUAGUAAAGUAAUACAAACUGCAAGUAAAUUUCAAUUUGAUAUUAUUUGUAAUGUGCAAUAUUGUAAUUUAAUCAGACC